AUGCCCCUUUCCAAGGAUGAGCUGGCUGUCAUCCCUGAACUGGUGCUGGCUGUCCCUGGUGGAGCUAGGGCAGCUCUGGGAUGGCAUGGAUUAUUUCAGGGCAGAGGCUGGGGUGGUUCUGCCUGGACAGAGCUGUUGGAUAGAAUCGCCAGUAUAAGAAUUCCAGGAAGUAAGAAGGAAAGACCACCUCUGCCCCAUAUGAAGCAGUCACAUUCUGCAGAUUGGUCAUCCACGCCUAUGGAUGCGGAAGAUUUUGCUCCAAAACCCCUGUCGGAAAGAGAAAUCAUAGCGCUGUUUGAAAAAAUGAUGGAAGAUAUGAAUUUAAAUGAAGACAAGAAGAUGCCACUGAGAGAAAAGGAUUUUCAUACCAAAAAAGAAAUGGUGAUGCAGUACAUUAGCACUGCUUCGAAGUCU